GAGUGGAAUAUUACUGCAUAUACCCGAGAAAUUUGUGAAUUAUGAGCAUGCAUGUAGGGUUUUGUGUAAUUGUGUUGCAUACUGGUGCACUUGGUUAAGUUUGUUUUCAUAUUGGGCAAUUUAUUGCUUCAGAUUUUGAUUUUUAAUCGAUGUGAUAUAAGUCUUGAAGUUGUUUGUGCCUUUGAAUCUAUUUGAGCUUUGUGUUUAGUUGUUAAAUCUUUAUUUUUUUGUAAUAAACUUUCUUGGUUUCUCUGAGGUGCGGAUUUCUGGGAUAUGGGUUGCAAGUGUGUUAGUGACUGGUUUUGAUUAGGUAAUUAUUGAUUAAACUUCAUUUUGGUAAUCUGAAAGAAGUUGGAACAAUUAAUGCCUUCUUAUUGAAAAAAACAAAAAGGUUCUCGCACUAGUGGUGAACCCAAAGAAUAGCAAAAGAUUUAUUGAGUUCACCGCGAAGGGAGUUCCAUUUUUUAAGUGAGACACCUUGACAAGUUUAAGAACCAUUGGUAACUUACUUUUGAGUCAAGAUCAACUCUGUGCUGUUGGCUUUUAAGAUUUUGAUUUUUGAGCAUAAAAGUUUUUGUCCAACAUCAAUGACAAGUUUCCAAGUUUUCCUGAUUGAAAGCUAAUAGAAUGAACAGAAAAUAGCAAUUAUUAAAUAUUAGAUAUUUGCAACUUGCUCUUGAGAGUGCAGAGAACUGGAGUUGGCUAAAGAUAUGUGUGAAAACUCCCAGCUCUUUUGCAUGCCAUGCAAAUCUAGCUAUACGUAUAAUUUUAAUUUUCUCAUUCCCUUUAGCGUAAGGUGUUUCCCUUUCUCUCUCUUAUAUGGAGUAUCUUCUAGAAGUUAUGUGGAUUCUUUGGCUUUUUAAUCUCUAUUACACCUCAAUAGGUGUCUGGUGUUUGCUGUUGUGAAAUUUGUUAUAGGUGUCUGGUGUUUGCUGUGGUGAAAUUUGUUAUGGAAUGUACAAGUAAUAUGGAACCUAUAUAUAUUAGGCAACCUGGAGAUAUAUAAGGAUUUGAGUAGAUAGUCAUUUGGAUACUUGUUUCCUUAUUAGAAGUCUUCUAGCAUGUAUUUAUAGCAUGUAUUUAUAGGGUUGUGUAUUCUCUUCUCUAAUAUACAACUUAUUCAGAAAUUCCUUUACUUCCCUAACAUGGUAUUAGAGUCUUUAAGAUAAUUUUUUUUCGCUCCGUUGUCAUCACCCCUGACCUAGGGAGGAGCGCCGGUGUCUGGAAAUUUUGAUGACGUUCUGACCAGCGUGUGAGCCUCACGCACCGCCAUCCUCUGCUGCCACUCUCCCACGCGCCGGCGUGUGAGGCUCCUCUAGCGACUGGAUAACCUUUUGGUCAAGGAAAUAAAAUAUCCCUGAGUUUCCCUGCAAGUGCACAGAGGCAAAAUGGAUCAGCAUGGAAACGGACAGCCACCACCAGGUAUGGGGGUAGUGACUACCUCUGCUUCAAUGCCAUAUGGUGCUCCCUCAUUCCAAGCUAACCAAAUGACAGGGCCACCCCUUGCUACAUCUGUUGGUCCUAUUCAAUCUCCACAAAAUGUAGGUCUUCCCGCCUCUUCAUCUCAGAUGGCACCACAUCAGCUCGCAUAUCAGCACAUACACCAACAGCAGCAACAACAGUUGCAGCAACAACUUCAGGGUUUCUGGGCAAAUCAAUACCAAGAAAUUGAACAGGUUUCUGAUUUCAAGAACCAUAGCUUGCCGUUGGCAAGGAUCAAGAAAAUCAUGAAGGCAGACGAAGAUGUUAGGAUGAUAUCAGCAGAAGCACCUGUUGUUUUUGCCCGGGCUUGUGAGAUGUUUAUCCUUGAGCUGACACUGCGUGCAUGGAACCACACAGAGGAGAACAAAAGGAGGACACUUCAGAAAAACGACAUUGCUGCAGCCAUUACAAGGACUGACAUCUUUGAUUUCCUGGUUGACAUUGUGCCAAGAGAGGAUUUGAAAGAUGAGGUGCUUGCAUCAAUCCCUAGAGGGACCCUUCCUGUUGGAGGACCUGCAGAGCUUCCAUACUACUACAUGCAAGCACAAUCUGCUCCUCAGGUUGGAACCUCAGGGAUGUAUAUGGGUAAGCCAGUGGAUCAAGCUCCUUAUGGGCAGCAGCCUCGUCCCUACAUGGCUCAGCCAAUGUGGCCUCAGCAGCAGCAGCAACCACCAUCCGACUCAUAAGCAGGAGUUAGGAACCGGGAUGAAAUAAUAUUACUACCUGAGCACUGGACACAUCAUUGAGCAAGCAGGCUGCAUAGUAUAAAAGUGAAUAUAGGCUGGAAAAUGAAGCACCCAGCUUCCUGUUGUUUUUUUUAUAGUGUAGCUCAAUCUGGCAUGCAAUAAACUAUAUGCCUUCUAUCAUGUAUAUUUUAAUUUAAAAGUGAAAAAGAAUGUUGUUAAGGUUGUAAUAUUGUGAGAUAUAAGUAAUGCCAAAUGUUUAGGUUGUUUUGUGCCUC